AUGGACAAAUUGAUGCAGAAUAACAUCAAUGAUGGGAACACUACAACAAAUGCUGCACCCCCUAAUGUAGCCACUAUACCACCAAGAGGAAGAGGCAGCACCACUCGAAAAGGACUGGCAGCCACUACAACACCUCCAACUCCAACACAAAACGCAGCAGCUACACCACCACCCCCUGCUCAACCUAGGGUUGUCAGGCCUGAUGUUGGGUCUAGAUCCCAAAUUUCUGCAUCUCCAUCUAAUGCUGCAGUCCCAUGUAGUGGGACUGGGUCAAUGCCACAAGGUCCAUUAGUUAGGCCCACUCUUCAGGCCCAACCUACAGCACCAUUUAGGCCACCAAUUGUGACUAGGGAGACCAUGGCAGUAGCAAGCCCAGCCACACAGAGCAGGUUUACAGGCUUCAUGCCCACCCCAUCCUUAAAGAAGAAAGAGCCAUCCGGACCAUCACCAUCAAAACCAUCAACAAAUGACAAGAACUGA